GGGAGUGACUGGGGACCGAACGGGGCUACAGUAGGUAUGGACGAAUCGGACAUCUUUGAAGGGUUGUCUGGCCUUGUGCGCGGCAAGUAUAUAGUGGUGCAUUUAAGAGAUAUAUAAAGGGAGUGGGUCCGGCUUUUUUUUGUUUUGUUCUGGGGGAGGAAAUUUUAGCUUCAAGGGCCACCGCUUAGGACGGGGUCGGGUUAAUACUUUGGUUGAUUCUACUGUUUUUUCUAUCUUUCCUUCUUUUUAAUCUUUAUUUAUUCCAAGAGAGGGGAGAUUCUCCAAGGCUUCCAUUGUCCCGUGUCAUACUCUAUCACCUCUGGGCCAAUUCACCUGCCCCAAGUUUGUAUUUCCAGCGGUCCACGAAAAUCGCUGCUAGUCCGGCAGAAGCUACCGCUCUAGACCUAUUAGCACGAGAUGGACAAGGAACAAGGCCCAGGUAACUCAGGGCCAACCCUCGCCGUCCUAGGUGGGAAGACGGGAGGCUACAACCCACGAGAAAUUGGCUUGAGCCAUGAGCAUUAUGCCCCGAGUGGCGUGAGCCAGGCAUCUUCGAAGAAGGGUGAUGAAUAUGGAGACGAUGUGGGAAUAGUGCCGGUAGGGGAAAAUUUUGAGAACUUGGAGAGACAGCCCACUAGGUUAUCCAUUCACGACGCCCCCAGUUUCCCGGACGGUGGGGUAAAGGCUUGGUUGUGCGUGCUUGGGGGGUUUGCAGCGAUGUUUUGUAGUUUUGGUAGGUUCUGUUCAUGCGAAAAAUUAAGGAGGAGUUUUGAGUACUUGCUAACAGAUUUGUGGAGUUUAGGUUGGAUUAAUUGUAAGUGAUUUUGCUUGUGAUGCCCGGCAGGAGUUGGAAACAGCGUGCCUAACCGGUGGAACAGGUAUUGGAAUAUUCCAAGGUUACUAUGAGGCUGUAAGUAUCACGCGCUACCAUUCGCCCCCCCCCCCCCCCUCUCCGAGUAUGGCUGACAGGUUCGUUUCAUAGAAUCAACUUAAAGAGUACCCGCCGGGUACCGUCUCUUGGAUAUCAAGUUUGGAAACAUAUUGUGGGCAACUGUUCCCUUUUAAGUCCCUUGUCUGAAGCAUCACUGACUGGAAUUGCACAGGUAUGUUCUUUCUCGGUCCAAUUGUGGGCAAGUACUAUGAUGCCUAUGGCUCUCGUGCGAUAUUAUUACUCGGAACUUUCUUACACGUUUUCGGCUUAAUAUUGACUUCCAUAUCGUCUAAAUAUUGGCAAUUCCUUAUAUGUCAAGGGAUCGUUUCAUCUAUUGGAGCUUCACUUAUCUUCUAUCCGGCCCUCGGGGAUGUCUCUACCUGGUUCUUCGAGCGGAGAGCAUUUGCAUUUGGAAUAAUGACUUCAGGAUCGAGUAUGGGAGGUGUGGUUCUGCCAAUUUUGAUCCAGCGAUCGAUUCCCCAAGUCGGCUAUGGUAAGGGAGCGCUUCCCAAUACCACAAUCUCUAAACCAUGUCAAUUAAUGAUCAGCCAGGCUGGACAAUGCGAAUCACUGCCUUCGUAAUCCUCGGAAUGAUGAUCAUCGCAAACCUCACCCUCAAGUCCAGACUCCCGCCAAAGGGCUGGACCCCGCUCAGAUUGAGCGAGUUCCUGAAGCACUUCAAAGAGCUGGCAUUCUCUAUGUCAGUCGUCGCUGCGUUCCUGUUCUUCUUCGGAAUGUACCUACCCUUCAAUUACAUUGUCGUCUCAGCAAAAAGGAACGGCAUGUCAAUUUCCAUGGCGAAUUAUCUUGUUUCCAUAUUGAAUGGAACCAGUAUAUUUGGUCGUAUCCUGCCAGGCUGGUUGGGGGAUAAGCUUGGGAGAUAUAAUGCAUAACCCCCAGUAGAGCCAAUCUGGUAUUAUCGCCGGAUCGCUAACAUUGGUGAUUGAUAGACGAUGAUCCUGACAACCGGUGCUUCCGGAAUCCUUGUGUUGGCCCUGUGGCUUCCAACGAACGGAAAUCUACCUACUAUUUUGUUCGUCUGCCUCUAUGGAUUCACAACUGGUGCUUUUAUUUCCCUCGCCCCGGCUUGUCUGGCCCAAAUUUCGGAUAUCCGGGAUAUCGGGGUCAGAAAUGGUGCAAUGUUUUCUACAAUCUCUAUUGCCGCACUGACGGGCGUGCCAAUCGGCGGCGCUCUAGUCGACAAGUACAAUGGGGGAUUUUUAGGUUUACAGAUAUUCUGUGGAGUAGUCCUUGUUUCCUCGUCCAUCUGUUGGGCUCUGGCUAGGUGGACUGUUGGAGGGUGGAAGACGACCAAAGUCUGACAAAGACUACUCGGGGGGACAUGUAAUAUUGGGACCUAGAAAAAGUUUUUUCCUCUUCUUUCCUUCCUCUCCUUUCCAUUCUUGUUUUAUAUUUUGACGUUUAUCAUAUCAUGCAUUGGGAUGGAAGAGCACUUUUAUAAAAUCUCAAAGUGACUUGUGCAUGCG